AAUUUCCCAUACCGAACACAACAUAUAAAAACAUCAAUAAGAGCGAAAGGGUCUCAUUGAAAUGUCAAUACACAUGUAUUCAAUACAAUUCGGCAUCUGUCACCGGGGAAUAGUACAAAAUAACGCACGCUUUUGCGCUCUGCGUGAAGUCAUGUCACAGCACAGGUAAAGUAAAGCGUGCCGAUGUCCCGUAAAUGAACACGCGCUACCGCACUUUUAGGGGAACAAUUCAUUCAAUGCAUUGUCAUGCAGAAGUUAUGGACUUUGAGUUUGCAUUGCUCCUAUGCAAAUUGAUUUGAGCGGCGUGCAUUUGUCACGUUAGUUUAAGAUGUUGAUCAGUCUUCACUAAUCUACUUGUUGGAAGGAAUAUACAGGUAUUUAUUGAAUCGCAGGUACUCCAGGUAGGGAGCAGGUUGCUGAUUCCAUCGCUGAACCCACUAUCCCCUAAGGACACGACUUGACAAAAAAGCGUGCACUAUCCACAACUAAAGCCUCUCAGGAAUUAAGGAAUACCAUGACUCUUAAACGAGGCGCCAUGGAGAGGCCAAAAGCUGUACAGUGGAUACCGCUGACUAUCGGCAUAGGGGUGCAAUUAUUACUGCUUUCAUCACCGAGUCACGCACAGCAGUCAGUCCCAUUCGCAGACGGGGGAGGAGUGGACCUUAACACAGAUGCCAUCACCACAGCAGACAGUGGAACGCAGCCACCAGUGUCGUUCACAUCGAUAUCAACCGUCCUCGUUACCGAGUUGUCCACAGUAACACCACCCCCACCACAGGAAUCUCCCCCAUUUUCAAACACGUCUACGCCUUCGACAUCGUCAUCUGGUGCAACGUCCUCGAUACCCGAUGUCAUCAAUAACUUGAACAUUUCAACGGAAGUGUCUGUCGCGGAUUUAUCAACGAAUCAACCGGGAAACGAAUCCAUCACUGAGCAGAAAUUUAGUACUGAUAUCCCAACGACCGAGCUCAUGAUCGACGAAUCCAACUCAACGACGACACUCUCCACGUCGCUGUUAGGACAAGAUUCAACGACGUCGUCAUCUCUGCCAUCGUUUUCAAACUCGUCAGAUGGGAUGACGACUACUCAACCGACUUUAUUGAAUAGUAUUGGUGUAACAGACAAUGAUACGAUGUCGAUGACGACGACGACUGCGGAUGAUUUAGUUACGUACGAACUCGUCACUGAGCGCACGAACCCAAUCUACGAAGACAUGACCACGGCAGCGAGUGGUGACGAGGGCAUAUUCACAGAAUCUUUCCUUCGCCUUCUAAUCAUCGCUGGUGCAACAGCGGGUUCGUGUCUCGUUCUCCUCAUCGUAGUCUUCAUCAUUGUCGCCUGUUGCCAUAGACGACGACAACGGAAAAAGAAUUCAAGAUACUACGAAUUCAAAAAGAAAGACUUCAGCUCGAAAUAUGAAAAAGUGGAGCAGAGGAACUCGCUAGCCCGCCGAGAUCAUGCAGACGGUAACACACCCAUAGGCGGAGGCUGGGUUUUCAAUUUGAGUGGUUACCAUGGUGAAUACGAAGACGAGACCGCCCAAAACGUCGCAUUGCGCUCCAUCUCACCGCUAGCGGUCGCUACACCACUUCUCAAAGUUUCCCCAGUUGAGGACCAAAAUGGGAUUCCCGACUCCGGCCAUGGCGGGUCCAUCACGGCGGAGGAUUCGGCGCUCGGGCUCUCGCCCAGCCUCGAGGAAGAUAUAGAGCUCGAGUUGAGUCCCCUUUACAAAGCCCUGGGUCAUGCUGGGACAUCGAUUGGCACCGGAAGUGAGGUCAGGGAUCACAGCUAUAUCGGAGGCGAUUCGGACACCAUAAGCGAAGGCAAUGAACCUGUUGAUGAUGCUCCGAUCCGAGAUGUUCUUUUUAAUUCAUUUGGUGCCAAUAGAGCGGCCAAUGAGGAAGCUGUUGAACUUUGAACUUUGAACCUGCAAUCAUAUAUUUUAUAUAAUUAUUAUAUUUUUCAUUUAUAUUGAAUGCAUUCUUAUCCAGCUUGAACAAGUUUCAUUGGAACGAACUUGAGAAUGAAUGGUGCGAAAAAGCAGGGUGAAGUACUUUUUAUAAAAGAACAAAGAAACUUUAUAUUUUUAUUAAAAUUGUUUGUCUUCCACAAACGAGGUCUCUACUUGAUCUUCAGUGGCUUAUACGAAUUAAGGUUCCAGCUUAAUAUUACGAGAGAUUGGAGUGUCUUAUUUGAAAUGCUUUUCGGACAUAAUUUUGUAGGGAAGGACCAAGUAUAUCUUGAAAGAAGAAUGUGCCGAAAUAUCAUCAAGAGGAUGAGGUCCUUGCUGAAGUCUGGAGAUGGAGGAUUGACUUUUCAUUCGAAGUUUCGACUAAAUCACUUCAGGAUGUGUAGUGAAACUGUUGUACAAGGUUUGGCCGAUAUACAAGAUGCACGCGAAUGAGUCAACCUUGUAUAAGCUUUUGACAACAUUAACAAAGGAGAGACAAUUUGAUUUCAUUUUUUAAGUAUUUAUUUCAAUUUGGAAGACUUUAUGCGAUCAUGUACUUGAUGAUUCGAGAAUCGAAAUAACAUGGUAUUGAAUGCUACUAGGUUUAGAAAGAAAAAUGUAACUUUUGCCAUUAUAAUCAGCAGUCUCGGAUCUGAGUCCCGUUUCAUAAGGACUUCUUAAUGCACAAUUGUUUUACAAGUUUACUAUCAGCCAGUCAAAUCGAAUGUUUUCAGUAGCUUUAAACUGUUUAUUGCAAUGUUUUAAUUGUACUCAGUAUGAAACGGACCCCAGGGGCAUCUGGGGGAGGGGAAGGGAAGGGGGCGGUCUCCCACUCCCCAUGAUUUAUUUUUUUCUUCAAAUGGUUGAACACAAAAAAAUGAAUGAAGGAGAUGAGAAAAGGGGAAACGAAAAAGAAGAAAAACGCUCGAAAUAAAACAACAAUGAAAUGCAGUAUUUGAAAGACACGGUUGGGUCGUAAAAGUGUAAUGAUGCCACCUUAUACUUAGGUCAUCAUGUCUACACCCCUGUGGCCCUGUCCAUUAUCAAUAUACCUCAGUGCCACUUGUGUCUACCAUCUAAUCAAUACGGUCAAAGCAUAAGUGUUGUAUAACGAUAUUAAGUGUUAACCCUUCGCAUUGUUUUAUUCAAUAUCAUGUGACAGGUGAGCAUGUUUACUAAAUGUAACAUGACACCAGCUUCCAGGAAAUAUAAAAUGACAUAAUAUACUGUAAAUCAAAUCAACAAUAUUGCAUAAUUAUUUUGAUAUAGCCCAUAGCCAACAAUCAUGACAGUCAUGACGACAAGGGCAUAAGGCUAUUUGUUUCAUGAAGAAAGCAAUGAUUAAUGACGAGUUAGAGUCUUGGGUGAAUAGAACAGUCAACAAAAAUGACCAGACAUGAAAUUUGAAAUAUAUUGACACUGUCCAGGCCCUUGCAAAAAAUGAUUUGAAUUGAUGGUGAUAAACCCAUUUAGCAUAACGCUUAAAAGUUCAUCAAAAUCGUAAGUAAAACAAACAAUAAUACUUGAAAGUUUCGCUCGAUUUCACACGAGUAUGUUGUUCAGGCCGAUGUGCUAAUGGGGAAACCGGUGACGACACCCAUUCACUGUUUCUUUAGUAUUUUAUAUCAUUUGGAAUGUUGGACAUAUCUUGUUUAACCCCCAUUAUGAUGUCAAAUAGGGUUGGAUUCCUCCUUGAAUAUGUAGGAAUGCAAUGGUCGCAAGAUAUUAUAAUUCAUGAAGAUAUUUCCUUAUAGUCAAAUUUGAAAUAAAAAUAUUAUAUACUCUAUACAAUAAAAUACAAAAGAAAUGGUUAGUGAGUUACGCUAUUGUCUCUCUCUCACUUGCAUACAACUGGUUUGUGAAAAAAUAAAAAUGUUAUAACUUUACUAUUUCACAUCCAAUGUCAAUGAAAUCGUCACCAUAAUGCUUGUUUGACUGUUUAACCUUUUGCUCAAAUUUCCAUUGGGUUCCAGUAACCAGUUCGUGCAUGGUGCUGGAUGACUCGCAUCAGUCGUUGACAAGUACGCCUUGGUAAUUGUCAUGUAAAUCGUCAUAAUUGAAUUCAUUUGUAGCGCCAUCUUCUGUUCAUGUCAUGACAGCAGUUUUACAUUGGAAUUUUACGCAAUCUGAAUGUGUUAUAGAUUUUAAUACAGAUAAUCUGCAUAUUAUCAAUCUAAACAGCAAAUUCUUAAAAUCCAGUUCAAUUGCAGUUAGAAUAGACAUUGUCCAUAAAAAGGAGUAUUUAAGUUGUGAUCUGUAUCGCGACUUAUUUUCGUUUCUCCAUGUUCUUGCGCACAAACGCUGGCAUGUGGCCUUUAUGAAGGCGUUUACCCCCCCCCCCCCAUCUAAACAGUAAAGCGAUAUUUUACACAAUGCUGUUUAUGAAUCUUACAUUAGUUGUUUAAACAGUUUAAAUGAGAGUUUAAUAUCUUUAAGCACAAAGUUUGAUGUUAAUAUUUCAUUCUCAAUAAAUUAUGCGUGGUUGUUUAGACUGUUAACAAAUUACUGUAAAGUUCAUCUAAAACAGCAUUGCCAGCGUAUGCACUGUCAUGACUGUGUAACUACACCAGCUUAGGAAUCGUUUUAUAGGAUUUGUCGGACAUUUUAUUCAAUAGUUAUCAUAGUAUUACGCUCAGAUAUAUGAUGCCUCUCGGCCAAUCAUAACCAAGGAAAGGUGUCAGAUCUGACGGAUGACAAAUGUUGAUGAAACGCUCCUCUAGCGUCGUUUUUUUACAAACUUUAUUUUUUUAUCUCAUAAAUAUUGUUUUAGGGACGGUGCUACAUGGAGGUAUGGGCAGUGGCGCCCUCUAUAAUUUUCAAUAGUGAGGUAGAAGUGAAAUAAUGUGAAAGGGAAGAAAGUUACCAAAGGAGAAAGAAAAGUGUUUAAAAAAAGAGAGAGGUCUCGGGUAUGGGUCAGAGACUUUAUAUAAUUACCAAUUUUAUGCAAUUGAAGCAAAUGACGUCACUUCUUAGGUAUUAAAAGAAAACAACAAGCUUGUUGCCACCCUUUUUUAUCCAGGGUCCCAUAACACAAAUGUCAGCGAUUGAUCGUUAAUUUUAAAGAACAAUUCUGAUUGGUUCAUAUUCAGUCUACUAAACAAAUGCGCAUGCAACGAUCGUCUUGAUUGGUCAUUUCAUUUGGCGAUUAAUCGCUAACCUUUGUGUUUCGGCGCCCAGAUGAUUAUUUGAUUGUAGGAAAUAUCACAUUGUCAAAUGUAGUAAUGAAAUUAUUUUGUAUACCUACAUGUUCUAAUAAAAGAUUAUUCCAAAAAACAA